AUGGUUGAGCAACCAGGAUUCACAGCCAAAAAGUCUCCUGCUCGCUCGGAACAGGCCUCAAUACUCGAUAUUCAAUACCUCAAAGGCCGCGUCUCAUGGAUCCGAGACGAGCUAGAUCCCAAUGUCGCUCGCGACGGCCCGGAUACCCUACGACCUGAUAACGUUAUUACUCUCUUCAAGUUUUUCGAACAGCUACGCACAUCUCGCUUGAGUCUUGAAGCUAUUCGCGACUCUCGCAUACAUCUGGCCCUUAUCGAGAUUUCUAGGCGUGCUACCAGAUGGCCGGUUAGACUUAUUGAAGAAGCUGAAGAAAUUAUUCUCAAAUGGGAGUCCGAAUGGGGUCCUCUUUCAAGUGUCAAGGUCAAUCUUUACAAUACAGGCGGAAGGUUACAUGGCAUCAGCACUCCCGAAGACCUCCAACGAGAAAUUCUACUCAACAAAUGGUCACGUAAAGAGACUGCUUGGGUCAAUCCGAAUUUAGCGAGGCGAAAUGGAGACCUUGGUUUUCUACCAGGAGACUGGUGGAUCAACACCAUGUUUGCAUAUCACGAUGGAAUCAUUGCCAAUCCAUCAUCAGACAGUGGCGUCACCACCUGCUACACACAAGCAUACGCCUUACUGCUAGCAGAUGGCGAUGAACUAGAUUGUACAGAUCCAGCACACUUCAUAUAUCGCUCGACCUCUGGAGACUCUAGACGGUAUCACCUUUGUGCCGGGACACUGGCUUCGAGGCGGCCCAUUCGUGUGCUACGAAGCCAUACUUUGCGCAGCUUUUUCGCUCCACGUGCUGGCGUCAGAUACGAUGGGCUUUACAAGGUUUCCGGAUGGCGAAUCACUCAGGAUCCAAAGACAAAAGAGAUCAACUAUUACAUCUCCUUCGAUCGUCUGCAUUCGGAGCCGCCCCUUGGUCCAGUACUAGAGCAUCCAACUGCGGAAGAAUUGGACGACUAUCGUGAGUAUAAACGUAUUCGAAAAGAGAUCCGCCAAAGUCGCAGCCUCUUGCGUCACGGUCUGCGAUUUGAUGCCUCCAACACCGCUUCCACCUCUACUCAGGACCGCAUGUCGCUACCCAAGAAGACCGAGAGUCAUGAUACCGCGAGAAGUGUCGAGAAAUCGAUCUCAAAGAGGAGAGGUAGCUCGAUGUCUCUACGACUUACAGCUUCUGAGCCUGUCUCUGAUCGAAAUGUGCGAACAAAACCUGAAACGAAACUUGAUGACAACCCUUUCUUUGCUAGCCCGACGCCUGAUGACAAUCCCUUCUUCUCUGGUGGCCUGGACUCGCAAACUGGACUCGGCAAGAUCAACACACUGCGUCCUGAUAUGAUCAACUACGCACCUGUGCUGCAAGCCGCUUCUGCUGCUGGCGCAGCCAUAGAUCCAUUCUUUGCAAAUGCUUUAGAAGAGCAAGCAACGAAGAGGGCAGCUGCCUUUAGAUUAAGCAUCAGCCCACCAACAUCUCCACGUUCUCCAAAAGCGAUGAGUCUUGGUCUUGGUGGCAGAAAGCCAAUGGUCGGAUUUAUUAGCACCAUUCAGGAGGCAGAUGAGCCGAAGAGCCAUUCAUACAUGAGGCGAGACUCGCAGAGUCCAGUGCUUACCAAAGGCUGA